AUGGAGUUCGCAACUCUAGUUGCCCGGCGCCCUGAGCACAUCGAUGUUCUGACGAUACCGACUCCGCCUCAUCAAGCGACUGCCAUCUUCAUCACAUUCUUCUUUCCGGCACUUUCGGUUAUCAUCUUCGCGGCUCGAACGUACAGCAGACUUUCAACUCGACAAUGGGGACUUGACGAUUGGCUUUGCGGCAUGGCCGUGCUAUGCGCAGUGCUUAUGACGCCGCCUUUCUUCAUUUACCUAAAGCUCAUGUACUUCGGAUACAGAGCUGUCGACGUGCCCGAGACAUUCGAUUCGAAACCAGCGAUGUGGUGGUUCUUCCUGAUGCAGAUGUUCUACAACCCUGUCUUGGCCUUCGUCAGGGCGUCAGUCCUGGUUUUCCUCCUUCGCCUUGGAGGACAGAAGCCGGGAGUCAGAUGGACCAUUCACGGACUGAACAUCGUCAACGCUCUGAUGGCCAUUGCAAUCUUCCUCGUUGCUCUCUUGCAAUGUCUGCCAAUCGAAGCCAACUGGGAUCCGGUGGUGAGAGCAACGGCAAAGUGUGUCGACAACUCUUUCCACGUCUCGAUCUCGUGCCUCAACGUACUCAUGGACGUUUUGGUGCUCGCGCUUCCUUUCUGGAUCUUCUUGGGGCUGAAGAUGCCCCUGGGAGCGAAGAUUGCAGUCAUCUGCGUCUUCUUGGUCGGUGCUGUUGUUACCGUUGUCGCAAUCAUCCGUCUUGUCGCAAUCUAUAAACUCUUCUACGUACCGCCCGACCCGACCAAGGACCCCUUCCACGACAUCGGAGUCGUCUACAACGUCGUCGAGGUCAACCUGGCCAUCAUCUCAGCCUCAGCCCCUGCGCUGCGCCCCAUGUUCCGGAGGUGGUGGCCCAAGCUAUUCGGUGGCAUCUCUUCUGGGAAGACCAGCGGUGCUCUCAAAUACUACGGCAACGCCUCCCGACAGCGCAAUACGAUGCGAGACGGCGACAACAUCACUCUCAAGGAUAUGCGUAUGACGCGCUCGCAACAUCAUACCGAGAUUCGCAGCACCUCUCCCACGGGAUCUGAGGAGGAAAUCAUGACAUAUAACGGCAUUAUCAGAACUACCAACGUCAAUUUGACUUACGAGUCAAAUACCAGCGUGGGAGACGAUGCCCGUUCAUCGACGGAUUUCAAGACAGGCGAGAAGGCGCAGAGCACCAAGGGGCCUGUGGCUUAG